AUGCCUCGGACAACAGCUGCGCGGCCGUCGACCGCGGCCGCUGAGCGGCGACAUGUUCCCCUCGCCGAUGAUAUUCUUAAUGCGGGCCAUCUCCGCACCAAAAAAGCUAACAAGCGCAAAUCUCGACAUGACGACGAUGCUGAAGCCGAUGAUCACUAUAUUGACGCCAAAUCCUCCAGGAAGAUUCUCCAGAUCGGUCAGGAUUUAGCUGAGGAAGAAGCUGCCGAAGAGCGCGCCGCGGCUGCAGCUAGGCGCCCUGCUGCUACUAAUUCAGCGUUCGAUUUUGAGUCGCGAUUUGGAAGAGAUCUUGAAGAAGGUUCCGAUGAAGAAGAGUUUGGAAAGUUCGGAGAAGAGGAGGACCAGUGGGAAGAUGAGGGAGAGGUAGAAGAGAUUGAAGUUGAUCCGAAUGACCUUGAGAUGUUCCACAAGUUCGUUGGCCGCGACGAUGAAGAUCCUAUUUUUAACCCUAGACAGCCUGGUGAGGAGGAAGAAGGGGAGGGCACGAAUUUAGCAGAUCUUAUCUUAGAAAAGAUCGCUGCAUACGAGGCAAAACAAUCGGGUCAGCCACAGAUAAUUGGUGGAGGUUUGCCGGAAGAUGCGGUGCAGCUGCCAGCCAAAGCAGUAGAAGUAUAUGAAAAAGUCGGCUUCCUCCUUUCACGAUAUAAGUCCGGCCCUCUCCCGAAACCCUUCAAAAUCCUGCCCACGUUACCUCACUGGGAUACAUUGCUCGACAUUACACAACCUGACAAGUGGACUUCAAACUCGAUAUACGCAGCGACUCGGAUUUUCAUAUCUGCCAAACCGCACAUCGCACAGCAUUUUAUCUCCGUUGUGCUUUUGGACCGAGUACGGGAAGAAAUCCGUGAAAACAAAAAGCUCCAUGUGCACAUCUAUAACGCACUCAAGAAAGCUCUCUACAAACCUGCUUGUUUCUUCAAGGGAUUUCUCUUCCCACUUGUCGCCGGAGGCACGUGCACCCUAAGGGAAGCCCAUAUUGUAUCCAGUGUGAUUGCUCGCGUGUCCAUUCCCGUCCUUCACUCCGCCGCCGCACUCCUUCGUCUUUGCGAAAUUUCAGCAGAGCAAACCUCUACAUCACUCACAUCUGAGGGAACGGGCGCUACAAAUAUUUUUAUUCGCGUAUUUCUGCAGAAGAAAUAUGCCCUACCAUAUAAAGUAAUUGACGCUCUCGUAUUUCACUUCCUCCGUUUCCGUGCCGUCCAGCCACAGGAAACCGAUGGCGACACAGAUAUGAACGAUCCCUCGGCAGCCAAAGCACACAAAUUACCCGUUUUAUGGCACCAGUCUCUCCUCGUCUUUGCCCAGAGGUAUAGAAAUGAUAUCACAGAGGACCAGCGCGAGGCACUAUUAGACCUACUGCUUGUUGCAGGACAUAAAGACAUUGGCCCAGAGGUGAGACGAGAGCUGUUAGCAGGUAGAGGGAGGGGCGUCAUGGCUCCAGAAUUGCAGCAACAAAAUAAUGGGGGAGAUGAUACAAUGGAUGUGACCAUGUGAAUACAUUUAUCUCGAGUAAUACUCGGCAACAAGGGUUUGGUCUUGGUUUCACUGUGCUUAGCAUUUUGGUAUAGCUCUGAUUUUAGAGCGCUUUAUGUGCAUCGGCGUCCUUUUCCUAGUUCCUUAAAAAAUAUGAAUGGACCAUAUUAAUUUGACGAGGCUAUGAAAUAUGCACGGGUUUGCAAGUACAGAUACCUCCCGUGGAUCCCUAGCAUCCGCUUCUCAUGACUUUUUGUAUCUAUCGGUCCCAUCAAUAUGGCUUUUCGUGGCCUUUGGAAAGGAUAUUGAGCACAGUCGGGAAUUUUAUGCCACUCGCUAUACUCUAUGCCCUUUCAACUAUCCACCGGUGCUGGUGUCCCACCAGCUCCAUCUAUUUGCAUUCGGAUAUCGCCCGCCACAGACUGCGCUCUCGGCGUUCCCGUCGCAGUGCCAGGCGCGGUACCAUUUCCUGUUCCACCUCCAGCGAUAUUCUUCAACCCAGCCAAAGCGUCGGUUACACUCCAGCCCAUAAACAUAGCUUCAAUCUCAUCCACAAUAUCAGCCACCACAUCCUCCACGAUUUGAUCAUUGAAUCUCUCCCCGAACGGCUUAGCAUCUGGGAAAUCCUGUAUCGGCGGACCAACCCACCAUGGUUCUUCAAAUCGGCAUUCUACCGCUCCGCCGUUAUGGCAGCUCACCAUGGGAUAAUACCCGAUCAUCCCGUCAUCUGCGUUUUCUCUUUCGCCGAUCCCAAGAUUGUUCGACAGCUGGGUGGCGCGUGAAGCCGGUGGGAGGAAGGCAUAGAGGUUAGUGAACGGAGUACCCAUUCGGACUCCAUUCUUGUAAAUUGUUAUGCUAGAUCCGGGAAGAGUGCGUAGAGAAGGGUCCUCUGCGUUUCCGGGUGAUGGUGGGCCGUAUGUUGGUGUUUCUUUGAGGUUAAAAGCAUAGUCUCGGAGGUGUUUGGACGGGAAGAUGUGACUCUGUUGGUAAAGGAAGUCUGAUUUCAGGUGGAAAGGUAUGCGAUCCCGAAUAAAAUUGAUGGAGGCUGGUUGGGAUGCGCAAUUGCUGUGUGAUGAAGGAUCAGAUCCGUCGCCGUCCACUGCCGGGUCAUACGUGCCGGCCACGACUUUCUUGUGUAGGCCCAGCGGUGGCAGUGUGAUUAGCAUUCCUAUCACGUCUCCUUCAUUUAUAGCUUCAUCCUUGGGAAAGAAAUACUCGCAUCUCAUGCGGUUCACAACCUCGCCGUUAACGUCCCGGAUUCCGUAUCCGUAGCAAUCCACGCCAACGUUGACAUCUAAGUCUGCCUCCCGACGCGCAAACCCCAGCCUUACGUUACCCCGAGGCGACGGACCGGGAAGAGCAUUUUUACUCGGGACAAUACCGCUAAUAACCCGAGCUUCGUAGUAAUAAGUGCCUUCACGCGCGCAAAUAUUGGCGCGGGCUGAAUGCCACGGGUCGUUUGUGCUAACCGCUAACCCACUUUUUGUAAAUGCAAUUGAUGAAGGAGAGUCUUCAAAGCUGAAUCUCGAGUGAUAUGGAGGGACAUCGGUCUGGCGGUAGAGGAUAUGUGGGAAUCCAGGGUCCGCGACCGCGU